AUGAACUUGGUCGCGACGAAUGAUAUGGAUGAGAUUUAUGAGGAUCCUGAGUAUGGUGAGAUGGGAGAACUGGAGGAGUUAUUGACUAAGGUUGAUGAGAGUGAGGACUCGGAUGAUAUGGCUGCGAGUGUGGAGGCAGCAGUGAAGCAGGAAGAGGAGAUAGUGAUCACGGAGGCAGCAGCAGUAAACGGUGGAGAUGGAGACGAUGUCAACACUUUUGCAGCAGCGAUCGUGGUUGAAGAUGAAGCAGUAAAUGCGAAGUAUGUGGGAGUUGAAGCUGUGAAAGGGGACAUCAUGGUGAAAGGAUCGAAGGCGAAUGCAACUGCAAAGGGGCAAGUGCUUAAGGAGGAUGAACGCGUUGAAGGGUACGAGACCCGAGAGGUGUUGGGUGUAAAGAUGCCGAGGAGAAGCGAGAGGCAUAAGAAAAUCUCUCAAGGUUUGGAUGCCAAGGCGCUCAACUACAAGACACAUAAGCAGAGGUUCAAGGUGCAGGAGCUGCAGGGGAGCCGCCGCUGCUGUCGCCGCAUCCGUGCUGUGCACGCCUUCACAAAUGCUUCUGAUAAUGGCUUCCUCGAUGGAGCCCUGCAGCUCGUUGUCGCCGUGCACAGCGUGGCAAGCCGCGGAGGGUUCGGAGGGAGAGGCGGCGGGGCUGGUGCAGUGGCACGGGACGAUGAGGGGUCGAUCGUGUUUGCGGGUCGCGACGAAGGGCCCCCGCCAUUGUUUCCGCCUGUGGAAAUGCUGCCCGAGCUGCCCGAAAUCGCUCCCAAGGACGAGGCGAUGCUGCAGCGGCGGCGGCGCAUGGCGUCAUUCUGGCGCUACUCCGCCUACUACGUCGACCGCCCUCCGCCCGACAGUAAGGGGCACUCGGGAGGGCCCCCCUUCACAUGGUUGUCCGCCAUCCCUCAGCUCCCCAUUCCGCCCUUUCACCUAUACCACCUGUCUACCCCAACCCCUUCUUUUCCCAACUAUUCUCCUCUCCCCGUCUACCCCUUCUUCCUCUCCUCCCUUCCCGGUCGCCCCUCUCGUCCUCAACUUCCUGCCAAGUGCGGUGCAGAGGGAGUGGCAGCGGACAUAGCAGCGUACACGAAGCCGCCACAGCGGCUCUUCCGGCGCCACCGCCUCUUCGUCCUCUGCGCCCCGUGCUUCUCUCACCGACGAGGCAAGAAGAAAGUUAGGAAGAAGAGCAGCAACGCAUGGGUGGUCGGCAAGGGGUCAGCUGCCAAUGACCUAAACCGUCUGGACCAGCUUGCAACACUGGAGCAGAAGCUAGACAAGAACGCAGCGCGUGCUAACAGCGUGCUAUUACGUGUGGGAUGGCAGGACCGGGAAGGCAAGGACGAAGAGAAGAAGGAGGGGGAGGACGAUGAGGAGGUGGAGGAGGAAGAAGAGGAAGAGGAGAUAGGGGAGGAUGACUACGCUCAAAACUUUGGGUUUGAUGAUGACGAUGAGUACCUGGAUGAAGACGAUGGUGCUGAUGGUACGGCCCUGUGUUCUAAGCGUUGGCAGGGAAGCACCAAUGCAGAGGCUGGGACGCUCCUGGGUCAGGAGCAGGUGUAG